GUGGUCUAGCGCCUGCCCAGCUCAAAUGCCACCCGGCUCAGAGGGAGGUCUGAGGCCCAGGGAUCCUGGAGGGAAAGCAACGUCACACCUCCUGAGGACAGCCAGGAGGACUCCUGCUUUUGCUGAGCUCUGCAUCUUGCCUCUUCCUUCCAAAGGCUGCAGACCGAAGCUCGAAGCUCGGCUGUCCCGCAUGCCCCUGGCCAGGCACCCCACUGCCCCUCCAGCCCAGCCUAGCCCUAGAGGUCAACUCCAGGACCUGGAGCCUGCCCUCCUGCCCAGAAUGACUCACCAUUAUUUCUAGUUCGAGUGAGAAGAUGUGAUGGGGAGCUGGGCUGCCUGUGUGUGUAUCUAAGAUUUCCACAGCAUCUGAUCAGCUCUGCAAGGAAGAGAGCUUCAGGUUCCUGCCUAGCCAGCCAAGCAGGGCUGUCUCUCCAGCUCUGAGAGGGCUCUUGGGCUCUCCUGCAGGAGCCCGGCCAAUGCUGCUGUGUUUCCUGGGGCCAUUAGCAUCCUGAGCUCCUUGACACCAGGCAGCUGGAAGGCAUAGCGUGAGGCACUUCUCUCAGUCCCAAUAUGACAGUGGCCACCGGAGACCCAGCGGACGAGGCUGCCGCCCUCCCUGGGCACCCACAGGACACCUAUGACCCAGAGGCAGACCACGAGUGCUGUGAGAGGGUGGUGAUCAACGUCUCGGGGCUGAGGUUUGAGACCCAGCUAAAGACUUUAGCCCAGUUUCCAGAGACCCUCUUAGGGGACCCAAAGAAGCGGAUGAGGUACUUUGACCCGCUCCGAAAUGAGUACUUUUUCGAUCGGAACCGCCCUAGCUUUGAUGCCAUUUUGUACUACUACCAGUCUGGUGGCCGGCUGAGGCGACCUGUGAAUGUGCCCUUAGAUAUAUUCUCUGAAGAAAUUCGGUUUUAUGAGCUGGGAGAAGAAGCAAUGGAGAUGUUUCGGGAAGAUGAAGGCUACAUCAAGGAGGAAGAGCGUCCUCUGCCCGAAAAUGAGUUUCAGAGACAGGUGUGGCUUCUCUUUGAAUACCCGGAGAGCUCAGGGCCUGCGAGGAUUAUAGCGAUUGUAUCUGUCAUGGUGAUUCUGAUUUCAAUUGUCAGCUUCUGUCUGGAAACACUACCCAUCUUCCGGGAUGAGAAUGAAGACAUGCAUGGGGGUGGGGUAACCUUCCACACCUAUUCCAACAGCACCAUCGGGUACCAGCAGGCCACUUCCUUCACCGACCCUUUCUUCAUCGUAGAGACUCUCUGCAUCAUCUGGUUCUCCUUUGAAUUCUUGGUGAGAUUCUUUGCCUGUCCUAGCAAAGCCGGCUUCUUCACCAACAUCAUGAACAUCAUUGACAUUGUGGCCAUCAUCCCCUACUUCAUUACCCUGGGAACGGAGCUGGCUGAGAAGCCAGAGGAUGCUCAGCAGGGCCAGCAGGCCAUGUCGCUGGCCAUCCUCCGUGUCAUCCGGUUGGUAAGAGUCUUUAGGAUUUUCAAGUUGUCUAGACACUCCAAAGGUCUCCAGAUCCUAGGUCAGACCCUCAAAGCCAGCAUGAGAGAACUGGGCCUCUUGAUAUUCUUCCUCUUCAUUGGAGUCAUCCUUUUCUCUAGUGCUGUCUAUUUUGCAGAGGCCGAUGAGCGAGAUUCCCAGUUCCCCAGCAUCCCAGAUGCCUUCUGGUGGGCAGUCGUCUCCAUGACAACUGUAGGCUAUGGAGACAUGGUUCCAACUACCAUUGGGGGAAAGAUAGUGGGUUCCCUAUGUGCAAUUGCAGGUGUGUUAACCAUUGCCUUACCGGUCCCCGUCAUAGUGUCCAAUUUCAACUACUUCUACCACCGGGAGACAGAGGGAGAGGAGCAGGCCCAGUACUUGCAAGUGACAAGCUGUCCAAAGAUCCCAUCCUCCCCUGACCUAAAGAAAAGUAGAAGUGCCUCUACCAUUAGUAAGUCUGAUUACAUGGAGAUCCAGGAGGGGGUAAACAACAGUAACGAGGACUUUAGAGAGGAAAACUUGAAAACGGCCAACUGCACUUUGGCUAACACAAACUAUGUGAAUAUUACAAAAAUGCUAACUGAUGUCUGAUUGAAAACUAUUAACAUACUCAUAGCUCAAUGGAACUAAUGCAGAUGUUGCAUAAUAGCCUGCAUUGUAGUCAGUGUGUUCUAAAGUGUGUAUCGGGUUCUGCAUGGAAAGCAAUAGUCGUGCAAGUGACUUUUGAUCUUUUGAUUUUUGAUUUAGAACACAGAAUAUCUAUCAUGGCUUUCAUGCAAAUUUUCAUCACCAGGUUUCCAAAGAUGGGAGUCACCUAUGGAGCCAGGAUUUCAGAAAGAUACAUUAAGGCCACCUCAUAUUCAAUACACAAUCUACCACAUCAGUGCCACCUUUCCUUCCUAAUUAAAUGCACACAACACCUGGGAAAUGCACUCCCCUCCCCGUCACCCCACCAUCCCAUUUGAGCCGACCUGCCCCUUCACAGAGAAACCCAAUCAUGGCUUAGCUUUCAAGCUCUGGUGAUUAUUCAAAAGGUCAUUCCCAUUUUUGCAUUGAAAAGAACACACAGUCCUGUGUGUUGGAAUUACUUUCUGUGUCACAGGCUGGAGUUUGUGAACCGCAUUUGCCAAGUAGAUGCUCCGGAGGCUUGUGUUUCAUAAUGCUGCAUUCUGCUUUUUCUCUGCAGUGUCAGUGUGAGGGAAGCCUGGGGGAGGGACAGUUAGUAUGACCGAAUAUGAGUUGUCAAGUUUCACAUUUGUUCUUCUCUUAGGCCUACAAGGAGAAGCUAACAAACCAAGGGACCUCUCACCUUCAGAUUUCACCAUUUUUGCAGGCUUCAGGGUCACAAAAACAUGUCUGAUUCUUGGUUUACACUGGAGUUUGCAGAUAUCUGCUUUCCUAGUGAUGUUGCCCAGCUACACUGACACUGCAGUGAGAUUUACCAGUGAUGCAAUAGAGCUGCAUGGGUGUUUGUUGCAUGAAUCUCAAUAUUUAAAACACAGGAGAUAACCUAUUUUCCUAGUAGCCUACACAGUAUUCAUAUUUAGAGUAUUAAUAGCCUUGGAAUGGCACUGAACUAGUGUUUUUUUUCCCCAUCGGAGGGCAAAAGCCCUCCAUUAGGAGAAAAAAUAUAGACUCUUUGGAAUGGAACUAAAACUCUGGCCCUCCAGCCCACCCAUCCCUGUUCUUCUAAAUGGGAAUGCAGACCUCUGCAAAGCCGGGAGAGUGAGCAGGGAAAGCAGCAUCUAAACACCUCACCUGACUGUACCUUAGGAAUUAACCUAAUCAUGGGCAUGACUGUACAGCUGACCAGGGCAUCCAG